AUGUUUCUCUUUCUCGCUGGCUCAGUGGACGGCUUCCUCCUUUCGGCAUUUGUCGUUCUUACCUGGUCGUGGUAUAGCCUGAGGGAAAUGCCUCUGCGCCUUCUAGUCUGGGCCCUUGUAGGCCACAAGGUUGUUUUCCUCCUUGGAUGCACUGGGGGGCAUCUUCAAGAGCACGUGUCCUUUGGAAUUGUGCUAGCAUCUUCCGCGGUAUGCCUUGUCCUACCACUGAUUCCAUUGGACCUUAUUGGGCGUCCACUUGAGGUUUCGUGGCUUGGUCCCCACCAGAAGGCAUGGCUUGCUCGACGUGCGGCAUCCCACAAGCUUGAUUCGUGUACUAAAGAUGGAACGCCUUCUCAUCGAUGGACGCAUGUCGUCAGCUACUGUCGGCCGUUGAUGUUCUUUGGCCUCUCUCUCCUGGUUUCUCUGGGGGAACAGGAUGCCAUUGGAGAGUCGCAGGCUUUUGACGAAGUCCCCAUGCUCUUGGUCUUGGUGAUUGUGGGCCUUGCCAUGUCGGAGGAUGUAUCGGUUUCAUUCGCGGCAAUGAGCAUGUGCUCGGUUAUUCCUCCGAUAGUGUCCAUACUCAGCCAGUCGAUAAGUGAGGGUCAUGAAGGUUUUGCGGUUCGCAUCUUGACCAGACUUAAUGAAGUCGUCCUGCCACUUCUUUGGUCCUCGAUUGUAUGCCAGGCCUCAACCUGGCCCGAGGCUAUUGGAGUUCUCUUGGCCUCGUUGGUGGGCUUGAGCGCUGGCAACAUGAUUUUGUAUUACUUCCAGCCAAUGGCGAGUCUGAUGUGCUGCAUCAUUGGCCUUGCUGCUAAGGUUACACUCUGGGGAUUGUGGUGGAUUAUGAGCAUGUAA